UUUGGCAUGAAAAUUCCUCGUUAAAGUUCAAUCAUUCAACCAUAAAUUAACAGUCUGAGGAAUAAAUCCGGGGAUACAAAAUUAAUCAAGAAAAGUAGAAUUGAGUGAAUCCUCUCGAUUUUAAAAAAUGGAGCAUGACUAUCCGAGCAGUGUCGCUUAUCACCCAGAUAUCUGUCUAAUAACAGAGCUCAUAAAGAAUAAAUUCUACUUCGCCACGUUACUCCCAGGAAAACGCGAGCCUAAAGCCACUUCUGAUAUCUAUUUCUUCAGCAUUGACGAUGAGCUAAUCUACAACAAUUUUUACAACGACUUUGGACCCCUUAAUCUCGCCUGUCUGUACAAAUACUGCUGGAAGGUGAACCACAUAUUCAAUAACCCUCGCCACUAUCAGAGACACAUUAUUCAUUACACAACUGACGACGAGGAGAAAAAAACCAAUGCAGCAUUUUUAGUUGCUUCCUACGCUAUUCUGUAUUUAAAAAUGAGUCCAAAGCAGGCUUACAGGCUGCUGAUCACCGGAAACAAUCAACGUCAGUUCAAAAAUUUUCAGGAUGCCUCGAUGGGCAGAUCUCCCUACACAAUUGGUCUUCAAGGUAAUCAUGAGAGGAGAGAAAAUAAAUCCGGGAAAAAACUGGACUCAAGUGAUAUCAGUCGAAAUACGUCUGCAAAUCCCGGACCUAGCAAAUCUGGCUUUGUUCGCAUUUUCGGCAAGUUAAAAGCACUGGGAGGGCACGUAUCACCGACUAAAACUGAUUCCAACGUCCUCGAUUCAUCGCCCGUGCCGCCGGUGAAACGUAAACAACUGGUGACGACAACUGGAGUCAAAAGACGAAAUGGAAAAAAUUCAAAGUUGACUCAGGGAGAUUUUCUAAAUAAAAUAAAAGUCGGAAGAGCAAAUUAACUCGCUACAUUUUCGAAUUCCGUAAUGAAAAUAUCUUCAACCGGAAAUGCUGCAUGUAUUUAACGGAACUUAUAUUUCAAACUCAUUCUUCCGGAAAUGUUGAGAAUAAAAAUGAAAAUGAAGAAAAAAACAAAAUUCACCAUAACCUGAGGGUUCUGACCUUGGAUUUUAAGGGAAGGAAAGUACUUUGUUCUCAAAAUCUCAUUUUUUAAUCCAUCAACGACUGAUUUAAUC